UCAAACAGAAAUAUGUGAUUAUUUCGGAAGAUGAAAACUGUGAUAGUGACAUAGUUUUUUUUAAAUUGUUUGAGAAGCUUAAGUCUUAAAAUGGAGGCGGUUCAGUCAUUUAAUCACGAGAUGUCUUCGUUAUACGAGCAGAAGCCUCCUAUAUCGAAGGCUAAAAUGACUGCCAUAACCAAGGGGGCAAUUCGGGCCAUUAAAUUCUACAAACAUGUUGUACAGAGCGUUGAGAAAUUCAUUCAGAAGUGCAAGCCCGAGUACAAGAUUCCUGGACUGUAUGUCAUAGACAGUAUAGUCCGACAGUCCAGACACCAGUUUGGACCAGACAAGGAUGUCUUUGCACCUAGAUUUGCCAAGAACGCCAAUGUCACCUUUUUCUACCUUUACAAAUGUGCGGAGGAAGAGAAAUCUAAAGUGAUCAGAGUUCUCAACCUUUGGCAGAAAAACUCCGUAUUUCCGAGCGAAAUUGUUCAACCUCUGUUUGACAUGGCGAACCCCGCUUCUGAGAUAUAUAGGUCUCUUGACAACCAGCUUAGAACCACAGGUAAGCUGCAGCAGAGUGGUCCAACUCCUCUUAAAGAGACAAAGCGCGAAAGCAGUGCGCACAGUCAUAGCAGCAGCAGUAAUGGGAUAGAUAAGAAGGAUAUGCAGCAGUUACAGACUAUUAAACAGCUGCUUAGGAACCCACCCCCUGUACAGUUUAACAAGAAACUGCUGGACUUUGAUUAUGGAAGUGAUGAAGAGGAGGGAGGUGAUAAUCAAGAUCCAGUUACACCACAAACUGUUGAUGCAAUCAAGGCUCUGUUAGGAAAUCCAGCACUGUUAAACUAUCUAAAAUCUAAACGUGAGAUUGACGAUGAUCAAAUAAAUCAACUGAAACAGCUUCUACCUGGGGCUGGACCCCCUGAUCCAGCUCCUCCUCCUACUCAUCAGAUGCAUGGGCAGUUCAAUAUUCCUGGACUUGGGCAUACCCACAAUAUGGGCGGGCAACCUCCCUUGAACCAGGGGCAUGGACACAUGGUUGUACAGGGACAUCUAGGAGUAGGGCACAUGGGAGGACCUAAUCAACCAUUUUCGUCAAUGCCUCCUCAACAAUUUAUGGGUCCACCGCCUGGUUUCCCGUCUUCUAUGGGUCCACCCUCUGGGCUACCUAUGGGUAUGAUAGGGAUGCCACCAGUAAGCAUAGCCCCAUCAGGAUUUAUGGGAAUGGAUCUUCAUCAGAGACCACCACCUAGACAAUCACCUCUCGAAGAAGGUGAGCACGCAGCAGAAGAUUCUGAAGACGAUGUUAUGAUGUUGGAUGAUUCAUCCCGUCGUCAUAAAAAGGAUCGUCGGCGGUCGCGAUCACGUGAUCGCCGAUCAAGAUCUAGGUCUGGAAGUAAAAAUAAGAAGGGGAAAAGACGCAGAGGCGACAGAUCACGAUCCAGAUCAAGGUCAAGAGAUCGUCGUAAGAAGAGAUCUCGAUCCCGUGAGCGCGAUCGUGAGCGUGAGAGAGACAAGGAGCGUGAGCGGGAGAAAGAGAAAGAGAAGGAGGAGAAGAAACGGGCGAAGGAGGAAGAAGAUAAGGUUCGGCUACGAGAAGAGGAGCGGAAGAAGAAGGGACUUCCUCCCAUAAGACCAGGACAUCUGUCAGUGUGCUCCACUACUCUAUGGGUUGGGCACCUGUCUAGAUUAGUUCAAGAGGAUGAUCUCUCGGAUAAUUUUGGAACAUACGGGGAGAUAAAUGCAAUUGAUUUGAUUCCGCCCCGUGGAUGUGCUUUUGUUUGCAUGAACAGGCGUAUGGAUGCUUACCGAUCCCUAAAGAACCUGAAUAAAUUCCGGUUGCAUGGGAAACAGAUAACACUAGCCUGGGCUCCUGGGAAGGGGAUGAAGGAUAAGCAGUGGAAGGAUUAUUGGGAUGUUGAAGUAGGAGUCUCCUAUAUACCUAUUGAUAAACUAGACCCUCAGGUUGACAUGGCAGAGUUGGAGGAGGGAGGUAUGUUUGAUGAGGAGACUAUGCCGGACUGGAUGAAAACUAUGCGUGGAGUAGCACUGUCUCGUCCUUCUCAUUCUGUUCCUGUUUCCUUCCAGGAUACUGUUAUACAAGGUUUACCUCCAGGCCUGGGAAUGCCUCCUCCACACGAGAUUGGAUUGCCUCCUCCUCUUAAUAUGGAUCAGGGUCUCCCACCCCCCUUCCUACAACAAGGUGGUCCACAGGGGCUUCUAGGUCCACCGCCUGGUUUACUACCUCCCGGUGGACCACCUAUGUUGGGACCAGGGGGUAAUAUAUUGCUAAGACCAGGAUAUCCUGGACCAAUGGUUCCUGGACCACCUCAUCUUGUGUCUGGACCUCCUCCUGGUUUACAAGGGUUCGACAUCAGUUUACCUCCCCCUCUCAGGUUCGGUGGACCCCCUGGUCUAAAUCUUGGUGGUGGAUUACUGGGAGCUCCUCCCCCACAUCUUAAUAGAGUUCCUGAAUCCAAGGGACCUGGAGAUAUGGAUAUCGAACAGAGUGAUGAGGAAAAAGAUGAUCGCCGAAAUCGUCCGGAUGGAAGAGACAGCAGAGACAGGGGUCGUGAUCGUGGACGAUCCCGAGACGGGGACAGGGAUCGAGAUCGGGAUCGUGAUAGAGAUCGUGAGCGAGAUGACAGGCGGGGAUCUCGAUGGGGAAGAGAUGAUGAUCAAGAUGGAGGUGGUAAUAGGCGUGAAAGGUCACGUGAUGGAAGUAGGAGAGACAGCAGGGGAAGGGACGGCGACCGGGAAAGGGGUGGUCGUGACGGAGAUAGAGGAGGUCGUAACGGAGAGGGAGGUGGUCGUGACGGAGAAAGAGGUGGUCGUGAUGGAGAUAGAGGAGGUCGUGAUGGAGAAAGAGGUGGCCGUGACGUAGAUAGAGGCAGUAGGAACGGAGAAAGAGGAAAGCGAGAGUCGAGAUGGGGUAAAGAAGAGAAGGACGGGCGAGGGGACAAGGGAGAAGAUCGAGAGAGAAAGAAUGAAAAUGAAAACAACGUUCGAGCUCCAGAAUCUCCUUUUGGAGCCCAGACACCUUUUGUAGGGCCUAGAUUUGGAGGUCCCCGGUUUGGUAACCCUGGUGGACCUCCAGGUUUCGAUGGACCCCCACGUUUUAUGCCCCCAAGAUUUGAUGGUCCACCAAGAUUUGACGGACCUCCGAAUGGCCCUCCACGAUUUGAUGGUUCUGCAAGAUUUGAAAAUCCUGUCAGAUUUGAUUUCCGAGGACGUGGAAGAGACUGGAUGGGGCGAGGAGGACCCCCAGAAUUCAGGGGAGGUAUGGAUGGAUUUAGAGGAGGUCCUGUCGGGCCUCAUGGAUUCCGAGGUCGUGGGGGACAUGACGGAUUUCGAGGAGGUCACGAAGGGUUUCGGGGAGGUCAUGGUGGGUCGGAUAGAGGUCUUGACGGAUUUCGGGGUCGUGGCCGGGGCAGAGGAUUUGGACCAGGAUGGGAUGUACCGGAAGGGUUUGGAGGAAUGGGACCUGGGGGUCCCAGGGGUAUCAUCCAGAACAACCAGGAAGCAGAAAAUGAGAAUGAGAAAGAAAAAGGCCCAAACAGUGGCAAUCUUGCUGAGGGCCGUGGACGUGGUGGUUUCGAAGACAGAGGUCGAGGUCGUGGUUUUGGUGGCUUUGGAGAUUGGGAUCGAGGUCGAGGUCGCGGUGGAUUUGGAUUUGGAAGAGGUGGAUUUGGAGAUUGGAACCAGCCUGGAAAUGAAGUGGAAAAUAUUGAAGAUCAGAAUCCAUUUGCCGAUGAGCACAAUCCUUUCUCUGAAAACAAUGCUCCGGGUACAGAACAAAGUACAAGAGAGGAACCUCAAGAGGCUUUCUCUGGGACUGAGCCCUCUCAGGAGACUACAAAAAGUUCUGAACUAGCCUCCGGUAAACCUCAGUCCAGGUUUGAUGCUCCGCAGCAAGAGUUCCUUGGCCAACCCAGCCAGCCUGGAACAGAAAACCAAGAAGAAACUGAACAAAAAAAUGACGGAAUCAUGGCACAACACGGGGUUGAUCAUCAAGAUGGGCAAAUGGAAAUAAACCCUGGUGUUUCUGGUCAACAGGGCAUCAUGUUUGGAGCGACUGAAGAAACUGGUGGUAGAGCUGUGUCUGAUGAAGGGCAUGAAAAGGCCGAGGAAAUCUAUGGUCAACAUGUUGCUGAAAGGGAUGAGCAGAGAUUGAAUGUAAGGGAAGUGAAUGCUGAACUUUCAGAAAACAAGCUCCAAGUUCCGGAGGAACUAGCACCGUCACAUCACGAACCUGAAUCAUCAGAGUUAGUUUUCGAACCUGCGCAACAUGAGGAAAGGCCCAAUUAUCCAGAGCCAGCUGAACAUAUGGCACUAAAUUUGCGUGAACAAGAUAACUCGUCUGCACCGGAAGCAAUGCCUGCAGGAGAACCGCUGGAACAGAUGGUACCUCAGCAGCAAGAAGUUUUUCAAUCUGGCCAAGUGAUAGAAAACCAGCUUCCUACAGUAGUAGAGCAUGAAGUCCAAGAGCCGUCCCAGCCAGAUUUACCAAACCUAGCUGCUGAAGUGAUUGAAGGAACUGGAGAGACCAGUUCUGAAAAAGAGUAGGGGUUUAUUUGUUGAAGACAAGAUGACACCGUGCUAUUUACUUCUUUUGAAUGUAUUGUAAUUAAUUCUCUUAAUAUGUCUUUCUUUCUAACUUUCUAUCCUGGUUCUAACUUCUCUCACUUUGAUUCAAACAAAAGGUUUAGUUGUUUGUAAAGGGUUUCGUAGGUUCCCUUCAUUAUUAUUUAAUACUUGAGAAGCGGGUGUUAUAUUAAAAUUUUGGAGAGGAUCGAUUAGUCUUGAAUAUUUAUAUUGUUCUUCUGAACAUAUAUAAAGCUAGAUCAAUGUUGAAGGAUUGGAAGUUAGAUUGACUGAUUAUCACACUUAUCAAAUCAAUUAUAAAACGCAUGUGGGGAGGGG